GUUGACAGUCAGAUGGGAACUCGUGCAGUUUACUGCAGUUGUAGUCGCGUUGUCUUUAAACUGCAGGUGAAUUCAUGUUGUAUUAUUAUGCAGGGACAUUUUAAACAUGGGGUCAUUUAUGAUUCACUGCACUGAGCUAUGCACCUGAAUGCAGCACGCCUCGUCUCCCACUCACGUCUGAGUCACACUGGACCUACACCAUCAAGAACCCGUAGUCUCGGUGCUGUACUGCAUGAAAACCUCCCUGAACCUCCCUGUUCUGCUCACAUGCCGUGCUGCAUCACGGCCGUUGCUCCCCCAGCUUCAAAUACCCAGAUAGGAGAACGUUGACGGUUCCUGCCUGUGUCCUGUUAUCAGCUCGGGAAGCAUUGCCAGCUAAAAAGUCAAAUCCUGCCCGAGGUCCCGGUUCAGCGGCUUCCUGCCGGGCUGUGCUCUGUGUCAGUCAUGUCUAAAGAGCCUGCAGGCCGUAGUUUAAAGAGUGGUGCUCGUCAUUAAUAUGAAGCUAAUCGCUAAUUAGGGCGAAUAAAAUGUCAAAGGUCACAAUCUGAUCUGAAGACUACAGAAAGGAAAAGAACUGGGCCAAAAAUUACUUACCGAUAACCUAAUGUUAGUUUUGGCACCACAACCCAAAUUUAUGUUAAUCAUGUUUCAAAAUAGCAACAGAAAACAACCUAGUCAUGCAGGAGAUUACUGAAUGGGUCCAUCAGGUACCAAGGGCCCAAAAGCUCAGGGAAAAGGGUUCAGAGAGCAGGACACCAUCGGAUCUGACACCAAAGAGCUAAAAAACUAGAAGUGGCGCAGAAUGAAGGAGAAGACGAGGACGAGACAAAGCGACCGCAAUCAGACACCCACAACAACAAAGUCAGAUAACAAGGGUUCCAGAGUGACAGGAAGUGACACACAACAGAUACACGAUGAGCAUACAACAAGCAAAGCAACAAACACCAGAAAAACAGUAUAUGAUGCAAAUAACUGCUCAGUAACAAAUGAUUCAUCCCUGAGGUUAGUAACAAAAUGAUUAAAAUAUCACACGCACUUAUUGAUUAUACUGCAGUACUUGUAUAUUAUACUGUAAACUACUACUUAUAUUCUUAGAAGGGACGAAUAUUAAGAAAUGUAAAAUAAAUGAAGGUAAUGUUAACAAGCAGAACAAGAGCGUAACAGUGUAACAAAGUGAAUAAAGGUGGUGGAAAACGCCAUUUCUUCUUUUUUUCUUUUUCUUCCAAGUCUUAAACCGAAAUGCUGAAAUCCUGCAGUGAAAGCUGCGCGUCGUCUUUAAUCCGGCCGCGUCCGCCUCGUUAUCUAACUUCCUGGGCAGCCUCGGCUCGGUCACUCCUCCGUGCGUCCUCGCUGCGCAGGAGGCACUUCGUCGGCGGGCUGCUCCGUGAACGCACCUCCCUCUUCCUGCGCGGCGCCUUCUGUGUCGCGGAGCCGAAGCGUCCUCGGCCGCAGACUUUAAUCCGCCUCAGACCGGCGCCCCCACCCCCCCUCGGUCCGGGACCGCUCCGAGCCGAGCCGAGCCGAGCCGAUCCGCGGAGGUGGAACACCAGCGGCGUUUCCCACGGACGGAUCUCCCCACGAGGGCGGGGGUCGCGCGCUCUCCUCAGCAUCCCGAGCAGCUCCUCCGGUCGCUUCCGCCGCGAGACAGCAACAGGUUGAAUGCGAGUGACGGCGGCCAUGCCGAGCAAGAGCCAGUACCUGCGGCCGCGGCUGUGCGCGCUGGAGAAGGGCGACAACGGCUACGGCUUCCACCUCCACGGGGAGAAGGGCAAGACGGGCCAGUUCAUCCGCCUGGUGGAGCCCGACAGCCCGGCAGAGACCUCGGGGCUGCGCGCGGGCGACCGACUGGUGUUCGUCAACGGCGAGGACGUGGAGAACGAGAGCCACCAGCAGGUCGUGUCCCGAAUACGCGCCACCGCGGGCCGUUUGGAGCUCAUAGUCGUGGACCCGGACACGGAGCAGCUGCUGAAGAAGCACGACAUGAAGUGUCUGAAGGAGUACGUCACCGAGGGGCUCCCGCUGCCCCUGGAGGACAGCGAGGAGCGGGAGGAGGUGGAGGAGGAGGCGGCGGCGGAGAGGGAGGAGGAGGAGGAGGAGGAGGAGGCGGCUGCGCCGGUGGAGGAGGAGGAGGUGGAGGAGGAGGGGAGCGGAGACGAGCGGCGCGAGGAGCGGGAGGAGGCGGAGGUGAAAGCGGAGGAGGAGGUGGAGGAGGAGGAGGAGGCGCCGAGGGAGAGCACGCCGGUGCCGGACAGAAACGGAGAACUCCGCCAGCACGAGAGCGAGCUGAGCAUCAGCACCGAGAAGGAGGCGCGAGCGGCGCCGCGGCCCCGUCUGUGCGUGAUCCGCCGCGGGUCCAAUGGCUACGGCUUCAACCUGCACAGCGAGCGGGCGCGGCCGGGCCAGUACAUCCGAGCCGUGGACCAGGACUCUCCAGCAGAGCGGGCGGGCCUGCUGCCCAAGGACCGGAUCAUACAGGUGAACGGCGUGUCGGUGGAGGAGAAGACGCACUCGGAGGUGGUGGCCGCCAUCAAAACGGGCGGAGACGAGACGCGGCUGCUGGUGGUGGACCCCGAGGCCGACGCCUUCUUCAAGAGAUGCCGCGUGAGGCCCAGCGCCGAGCACCUGACGGGUCCGCUGCCGGAGCCGGUGAUCAAUGGGGGGAUGGAGGAAAAGGUGAACAGCGAAGGUUCCAGAGAGACGCAGAGGGAGUCGAAGCUGUCGGUGAGUCCCUCCCCGUCCAACGCCUCCUCCAACGCGUCGCUCACCACCCCACCCGCAAACACCCCCCCAGAGGUAGGUCCCACCCGCCCCCGCCCCGCCCCCCCGCUGUGGAGCCCAGUGUUCAGCGUGUUCCGUGUUCCCCACCAGGGUGUGAGCCCCGACGCCAUCCCGGCGCUGAGCCUGACCCUGCAGCAGGCCAAGGAGCUGGCGCACCAGAAGCGCUCCAACAAACGGGCCCCGCCGAUGGACUGGACCAAGAAGAACGAGCUCUUCAGCAACCUAUAGGGCCUCUCGGGCCGCAGGCGGGCAGUGAUGUACAGGUUCCUACGUGGAGACAUUGGCACGAGACAAAAUUCAAGCCAUUCUGUAAAAUACAGACUUGUCACAGCCCAGAAGGGAUGAUUUUAUACUGCGUCGUGUGCUACUAACCAUGACAGAGGCCAAUGACUGGACGCGUGUGAACAGGUUCCUGUCGUCGCGUGUUGAGAGUCCGGUGCCGCUUUUCAUAUUCUUACCUAUAUUUUUGAAGUUUAUACUAACAUUUAUACUAACGAUGAUGACGGGACCAGCUACAGACCGACAAUCAGCUCCCGUAGGAACAAAUAUCAGACACAGGAGUGAGUCCAGUAGACGUUCAGGAAUCCUUGUUUCUUUUUACAUAUUAAUCGUCAGGCGCCUGUUAGACGUUAUGUCAUAUUUAAUUGUUUUAAUCGUUGAGAUAGAAACCAAUGCUUUAAACUGGAAAAAAUGUAUUUUAUAGUGAACUGUCUUAUAUACAUCAUCAUCAACAUCAUACAGAUGUUUGUGUUUUAUAUAUAUAUAUAUAUAUAUAUAUAUAUAUAUACAUAUAUAUAUCUCAUGUAUAUUUUUACAUUUGCUUAAAGUUCACACUUUGAAAAUGAGGUCAGCUCAUUCCGCCUGUGACUCCGCAUCAAUGUCUGAUAAUGAACCUUCGAUUAAAUGUGAGCUGCAGUAAAACUAUGUGAGCGUUCACAUUCUUAGCAAAUAGAUUUUUUAGAUUUCUCCCGCAACAACGCUUUGUGAAAUUUUUUAAGCAUUUUUAUUGAUGUCUUAUUGAUGACAAGAAUAAUUCCAUAACCUCUAGAUUGUGUAUUUUCUAACAAACUUGUCCAGUAUUGAGAAGAGAAACGAUUUCAGAACUGAAUGCGAGUAAACUGUAAUAAAUCCGUUAUAGCAAAUUA